AUGAACUCCACUUUCUCCCUCGCCAUUUUUGCCCCCUCCCCCUCGCCACUUUUGCCCCUCCCCCUCGCCACUUUUGCCCCCGCCCUCGCCACUUUUGCCCCCGCCCUCGCCACUUUUGCCCCCGCCCUCGCCACUUUUGCCCCUCCCCCUCGCCACUUUUGCCCCUCCCCCUCGCCACUUUUGCCCCUCCCCCUCGCCACUUUUGCCCCUCCCCCUCGCCACUUUUGCCCCUCCCCCUCGCCACUUUUGCCCCUCCCCCUCGCCACUUUUGCCCCCGCCCUCGCCACUUUUGCCCCCGCCCUCGCCACUUUUGCCCCCGCCCUCGCCACUUUUGCCCCCGCCCUCGCCACUUUUGCCCCCGCCCUCGCCACUUUUGCCCCCGCCCUCGCCACUUUUGCCCCCGCCCUCGCCACUUUUGCCCCCGCCCUCGCCACUUUUGCCCCCGCCCUCGCCACUUUUGCCCCCGCCCUCGCCACUUUUGCCCCCGCCCUCGCCACUUUUGCCCCCGCCCUCGCCACUUUUGCCCCCGCCCUCGCCACUUUUGCCCCCGCCCUCGCCACUUUUGCCCCCCCUUAUGUAGAUGCAUUUAGUGGUCAUUUUGAAAUGGUGCGUUUUCUUGGUCAUUUGUUAGAUGCUUGA